AUGGAGAAACUGGAUGAAGUAACCGUAUCCAUCCUUAAAGCUGCAAGCAUUGACGAGCGAAUGCUUUUAACAUUGAACCGUGAUGAUCUGAGGGACCUGUUUCCUGGGCCUGAGCACUUUAUCAGAAGAAAACAUGUGUGGUCAAUAAUUCAUCCUGAGGAAGACCAUCCUGUACCACAGAAACCUGAAACAACUUCACCCAGAGUUGCAACAGCCAGCCCUCGAACUGCUGAUGCGUAUAAAAGCCCGCUGAAAACCUUGCAGCUACCCAGUCCUCCGGAAUAUGUUGUCUACACAGACACAAGCAAAGACCAAAUGGAGCGAUACCCCUCUAAGACCGAAAUCACUGCAAUGGCAAAAAGAAUUGUGGAAUAUUAUCCUAUGCUGCAGGAUCAGGAUACUAGCGUGAAACAUGAGAGCAUUAAUGCCAAGUUGCAAAAAAGGCUGCAAAAUAUAAAAACUCCAACCAAAAAGCAAGGACCAACACCUGACAGGGGACGGCCAAAGAGAAGGCUCACUGACCUCUCUCCGAGUGAUAAAGAAGCUGAUGAUGAAGAUGCUGAUUGCAGUUCUUCCAGUGGUGCAUCUACUCUGCUGUUAUCGCCCGCCAGCAAUUCUGAUGAUGCCUCCACUUCAUCUGACAAGGAUAGUCUGCUAAUACAAGCAAGACAUUACAAAACAUUACAAGAAAUGUGCAAGAAGCCAAAACCGAACCAAGAUGAUGUGUCCCAGCUAUUAGACCUCGAGUUUGAAGCCAGAAGAGCCUUCAUUGACUCUGACUCCAUGAAGGAGGAGAACAGAGCGUCACUCAUCUUGGAUGCAUAUCCUUGCUUCAAAGAAUUGCAUCAUGCGUUGGGUGAGCUGCGCAGAAUUUUGGAGCCAGAAAACAAGAAGUUCAUAAGUCAGAUAAAACUAAGAUGGGAGGAAUUCUGCUCCAGGGUAGAAUUCUAUGGCGUGUCAAAGAAGGCAAUGAAGCCGCCGAUGACCAUGGACAAAACUGAAGCCCACCUUGCAUUGAUGAAGGCUCUUCCAACGCUCUUUCCCUCACCUGCCCAUCCACCAAAAAAGAUGGGGACUCCUUGUCAAGCGUUUCUACAUGUCCUGAAGCCUACAGAAGAUCCAGAUUCUGUCCUCCAGAAACGAAGCUUGCCAUGUCCAGUAGUGGUGUUCGAUGGCAGCAAGUGUGUCAUUGCAGUUGCUUCUGCCAUUUACUACGCUGCCGUGUGCUGGGCCCCGGGCAGCACAGAGCGGGACAGAAACAGACUGAACAAGCUGGUCAGGAGGGCCAGCUCCACUCUGGGCUGCUCCCUGGACUCUGUGGAGGAGGUGAGGAACAGGAGGCCCCUGGACUCUUUGGGGGAGCUGAGGGACAGGAGGCCCCUGGACUCUGUGGAGGAGGUGAGGGACAGGAGGACCCUGGACUCUGUGGAGGAGGUGAGGGACAGGAGGCCCCUGGACUCUGUGGAGGAGGUGAGGGACAGGAGGCCCCUGGACUCUGUGGAGGAGGUGAGGGACAGGAGGCCCCUGGACUCUGUGGGGGAGCUGAGGGACAGGAGGCCCCUGGACUCUGUGGAGGAGGUGAGGGACAGGAGGCCCCUGGACUCUGUGGAGGAGGUGAGGGACAGGAGGCCCCUGGACUCUGUGGAGGAGGUGAGGGACAGGAGGCCCCUGGACUCUGUGGAGGAGUUUUGCCUGAUGCAGCUCUCCGGAGUAUCGAUCCAGCACGAGCCGAGCGAGAGGAGAAGGGAAUGA